GGGUGCAGCUAUACGAAGCUGAAACCAGCAACACCCCUCCUCCACGUCUUCUCCGCUAGCUGUUCCGAAGACAUUUCAGUAUCUUACCUAAGCAAGUACCAGAGCCCGAGGGCAGCACAGCGCCUCGGGCAUCUCAUACCCAGACCACUUCCAUGUCGGCAGCAUGGACCUCCCUGCCGCGAUGACCCCCGAGCAAUCUUCCUCCCUCAAGCGACCUCGGUCACCUACCGACAACCCUCUCCUUCCCGCAGCCAAAGUACCUAAAACUGCAACCAACCAUCUGCAGAUCAAUUACCUUGCUCGACAGAACAACGAAACUAUUCCCCUGGUCACUGUCAACGAGAAGUUGCCAGAGAUAGCACGCCUGCUCAAUGAAUAUGACGGGGUCAUACAGCGCCAUGAGAGUAUGGCUGGAAACUUGGGAGCUUGUCCCUUGGGCCCCAUACUGCUCAAGCGGUUUGAACGACUGUUCGAAGGACCUCCGAAAGUGCUCAAGUCCAAUGGUAGAGAGCCCGGCAUAACCUGGUUGGACGUGGUGGAGUUCGCCCAGAACAAUCCAAAACAGUUCAACUUGGAAAGAAUGCGCAAUGGCAUAAGAGUCUGUCAGUUCUACACGAAACAGUGUCGGGUGGAGAUCUCGGAGGAAGACUACGUCCUCAUCGCCAGUGGGAUGCCUCAGAAGCUCAUACCUCCACAACCAAUACUAGAGGAUGAAGAGAAGGAAUUGGGAGUCAUGGAUCUGCUGGACCGUAAUCUCGGGCAGGUCAUCCAGCUUGCAGAUCAAGUUUCUGGUCGGGCUCGGCAGCUCAUUCAUAAGAUGAAGAAUCGACGCACUGCCAUCUUGAGUAGACGUGAGCAGCAGGCGGAAGCUUUGAGGAGGAAUACCAUCAGAUCGGACGGAUCUCCCAUGUCGCUGGUCGAUACCAAUGGAGUCACAAAUGCGCAACCUGUGAGUAGUAUAGAAGCGUCCCAGUCUCCUCCUGUGGGCUUCACGGCCGUCAAUCUUAGGCACUCUGCCGGGAGGGAGCAUACGACGCGGGCGUCAAUACCAGGUGAAGCCUUACGCAAUCAGCUAGAGGAGCGCUACAGUUCGUCUAACGUCACCAUCAUCAAUGGCAAGUCCAUCAAAGACGCUUCUCCCUCGGUGCGAGCCGAGAUGAUGAAAGACUUUUUGACUCCAGGAGAAGGAGAAGCCGCGAUGGCUGAAGACAACAUGCGAACGUCUUCUAUGAACAGGGCCAGAACCAGUGCCAUGCAUGAACCUCUGCCAGAGCAGCCUCGUGCUGAUUCAAUUGAACUGUCCGGGGGCAGUGCUAGCAAACAGAAUCAGCCCACGGUAGCUAUCCCCAACACUCCUGCAUCACUCAUGCCUCACUCGAAGCCGUCGACACUCGACAGGGAUGAUGGCGGACCUUUCAAGACAGAAAUGGUUCGAAGAAUGGACAGCAUGUGGAAAGGAGAUCGAGUGGUGCCCCCUUGUGAUCGAUGUCGACGGCUUCAUAUGGAUUGCUUGAAGAACCUUACUGCUUGUAUGGGUUGUACGAAAAAGCAUGCAAAGUGUUCGUGGAAAGAAGUCAAGGCUGAGGAGCUACAAGCGAGCGCACCAGUAGCAGCACCUGAUGGUGAGACAGCAACAGCCACAUCUGCGUCGGAAAAUCUGCCACCCAUGUCUGCAGGCUCAACUAUUGAAGUCAAUCGACCUUCGGACGAAGCGUUAAGAUCUGCAAGCAUUGCGAGAGCAUCUCUGGAUUUGACGGGGGACUUGACUGACACGCCAUCGAAAGACGUCAGCGGUUAUGAGAUUGAGCCGAGGAGAAAAAGCGAAUCAGCAUCAAUCAUCAAUUCGUCAGCUCGAUUCGAUGUCCGACCGCCGCCCUUGGUCCAACAAAUACAAGAGGCUGCAAAAGAACGGUCAUCAGGAGAGGCUGGCUUCUUUCGUGGCAAUGAAAGAGGAAAGGAUGAUGAAGAUUAUGAAGGAGACCGGUUGCAAGCGCUUGCGGCACGGGUGUAUCGAUCAGCUUCUCAGAGCGGGCAUCGAGUAUAGCUGUUUUCUUCACAGGUGGACAUAUGAGCGAUGCUGUUUGGUCCGAGUGCUUGGACUCUCUGAUAGAUGGAGUUGGGCUUUUAUGAG